CCUCCCCCCCCCCCAUUCGCCCUCACCCCCGCGCGUCCCAGCCAUGGCGGAUCGGUACAGCUUCUCCCUGACUACCUUCAGCCCUUCGGGCAAGCUCGUCCAGAUCGAGUAUGCCCUGAACGCCGUUGCGUCGGGCUUCACCUCCAUCGGAAUAAAGGCGUCGAACGGCGUUGUCAUCGCCACCGAGAAGAAGCUCAGCUCCAUCCUCAUCAGCGAGGACACCGUGGUCAAGGCGGUCCCCAUCUGUGACACCAUCGGUCUGGUGUACAGCGGCAUGACCCCGGACGCCAAGGUGCUCAUUGACCGCGCCCGCAAGGCGGCCCAGUCCUACCGCCGGGUCUUCAAUGAGGAGCCGCCCGUGCUGCAGCUCGUGCGCGACAUCGCCUCGGUCAUGCAGGAGUACACCCAGUCCGGUGGUGUCCGCCCGUUCGGUGUGUCUCUGCUGGUUGCCGGCCAUGACCACAAUGGCCCGGCCCUGUACCAGGUUGACCCGUCCGGGUCUUACUUCGCCUGGAAGGCGGCUGCCAUCGGCAAGAACAUGCUCAGCGGCAAGACCUUCCUCGAGAAGCGUUACACCGAAAACAUCGAUCUGACUGAUGCCAUCUACACGGCCAUUCUGGCCCUGAAGGAGGGCUUCGAGGGGGAGCUCACCGAGAACAACAUUGAGGUUGCCGUUGUGGCGCCGGCUCCGCCGGAGGCCGCCUCGUCCGCCGGCGGCGUGGUUGUCACCGGCGGCAACCCCGACGACCCGCUGUACCAGACCCGGCCGAUCUUCCGGCGUCUGACCCCGGCCGAGAUCAAGGACUACCUUGUCAACAUCUGAGCAUGCCUCGCGCACAUGCACGUGUGCCGGUUUCUCCCUUUUUUUCUUCUGGCCAUCCUCCUCCUCGCCUCCCCCUCGUUCUGCCAGCCGGGGGUCAGUCCCGCACACAUGAGUGCGCCCAUGCGUGCGCCCAUGCGUGCGUCCGCGCCCACCGCUCGCCGCCCGCCGCGCGCCGCCCGCGCCUGUGUGGUGUACAUGUCCCUUUCCCAGUCCAACGCCCCCCCCCCCCCCCCCUCC